AGUAACUAGACAUGCUGAACCGCCGGUGCACGUAGGAUCCUGCAUAGGUUGACACUGAGUUUAUAAGAUGCAAUGAGUUAUGACGGAGAGCAUGUUUAAAACCGAGCCUCGCUUUGGUGGCGUUAACUGAGUCGCAGACAUCACAGAAAAAUCAGUCGGAAGAGAAAUAGUUGAGCCAGCCGGUGUGACAGUCAGCGUGCGGGGAUGGCAGCUCUCCGGCCGAUCAAAGGCAUCCUAAAAAACAAGAACAGCGGGACAAACGUCAAAUCCCUGCCCGAAGAAGUGCCGGGAGACAUCCCUGAACAAGACCCCGUACUCUCGGAAGAUGACCCGCAGAAGAAAUCACAGAAAUGGGAUGAGAUGAACAUCCUGGCCACGUACCAUCCGGCUGACAAAGACUAUGGUCUGAUGAAGAUAGAUGAACCCAGCACACCUUACAACAGGAUGGUGGGGGACGAGGAUGAUGAAGGGGCGCUGAGUGACUCCGACGGCCACAGUGGACUCGCAGCUGAUGACCUGGCAUCAAAGCUGGUGGAAGCAGAGGGCUCAGAGCCUCGCUUCAUGAAGGAAGAAGAAGAAGAUGAUGAAGAGAGCAGCGAGGAGGAGGAAGAGGAGAUGAGUCCUGAAGAACAAGCCAAAAAGACACAUUUUCAGAUGAUGAGGAAGAUGCACUACAAUGAGGGCCUGAACAUCAAGCUGGCCCGCCAGCUCAUUGCCAGCGAGCUAGAAGAAGACGAGGAGGAUGCAGACGAAGAGAUGAGGGACGACACCGAAGAGGCGAAGGAGGAGACGGAGGAGACGGAGGAGACGGAGGAGACGGAGGAGAUCAGCGUUGACCCGCCACAGGAAGCUGAUUCUCUCGACUCGUAGAGGAGGCGUCACUCCCAAAUCCAGCCCUGUGUGUCGGUUCCAGGUCCGGACAGACAGACAAUGCCACUGCGCUCUGUGUUUUUAAUGCCGGGCCACACAGCAGACACCGCUUCACCACUCGUAUAACAAACCUCAACAGCCAAUAACUCCCCGGCCACCCGUCUGUCUCUACUAUUCCUUAGAACUUUGCAAUAUAACCUUCAAACGACCUGGUUCUGAACUCCCAGAAUCAGUGCAGCACACAAGAGAAGACUGUUGCUCCCUCCUCCUCCUCCUCCCCCUCCCUCCCCCUCCUCCCUUCUCCUUUUGCCAAGAAUGUUCCCCUCCUACCUCCUCUGGACUGGCAUCGCACUGAAGGAUAUGUGAUUCUGAUCCUGAAAAGAGGAUCAAGGGUCUUGUUAAAAAAAAAAAAAAAAAAGAAAAAAAAAAAAAAAAAUGCUGGAUACGUGGACUCCCGUCUGGCCACUCCACAGUCCUUCUGCAGGCCACAGAGCCGGUAUGUAAGCCCUGGAGGAAGCCAGGGGAAACCCCACAGCCUCAUAAAAAGGCAUAUCUGAGACAUGACGACAGCGAUUAUAUUGGGUGCUCUUCGGAUGGCUUUUAUUUUUUUGUUUUGCUUUGUGACCCACCACUCUGUUGCAUUUUCUCUCCUCCUUCAGUACAUUGUGUGCUAGAAAUGGGACGCUGUGAUUACCAGGUGGGUUUUCAUCUUUGUUUUACCUGGUGAUUCAGGUAAGCCAUUCAUAUUGGCAUACUAGUGUUAUGAUAAAUUAGGAGCUAUAUACAUUAGUCUCUAAUGGCUCAAGAUAACAUGACCGACAUCUUCAUUUCAAAGAAAUAUGCACAUUUGACAUCAUACAGUGCACACUUAAUAUAUAACACACUUAAUUGACACAUGUAUGCAGUGGUGUUUCACUUUGAUGCUUGCAGUCAAUUGUAUGGCUUUUUUGCUUAAGAUCAAGUAAAACAACACAGACCAUAUAUAUAUAUAUAUUAUAUUGGCAAUUUGCUGAUUUUGUCCCAUAACUUCUUAUUUAAGUUUUCUCUUUGCAAGCAAGAACACCACAACCAACCUCAAUUAGAUUCUGGCAUUUAAAAAAAAACCAGACGUGUAUACCUCAUAAAACCAGACAGUCAGCCUUUUUUUUUCAAAAUUGAAUCCACCGAUACAUUUGGCAUACGAGUUGUCUUUCAAAAGAAACUUAUUUUAAGUAAAAACUCACCCUUUAAAUUGAUUUGUGGAAGAAGAUUGCAGGACAAGCUGGCAAUAAACAUUUCAAAAUGUUCAGUCAAGACUGAGUCAGGCUUCUGGUCCCUGUUUCCUGGCCAUAGCAGUAAGGUAAUGAUAUUGGAACUUAACACAUUGUGUUUCUUUGAAAUAGUGUGCGGGACAGUGUUGAAGUCCCAAGUACGGUACAGCACGCGCUACUGAUUAACAGGACAGUGUUCGUCUUUAACGAGUUACGCCUUUAAGCUCUUAUGUAGAUUUGACGAGGAAGAAGAAACCAGCGUCCUCGCUAACAUGAUUGGUUUAGUUGACUUCUUAUUGCUAAGGACCAGACAGAAAUGUGUUUUCUCACCUGGCUUCAUCACAUUUAAUUUAACGUUGUCGGAUCUACCUAAGUGUCUUGUACGAGGCAGCUUGGGAAUGUUAAAUAAAAGUGGUUAUUGAUGCUACUGACUUUAGUUAAAGCAGAUGUUGGCUUUUUGGAGGUGUGGCAAGUUUCAGAUUUUUGUAAUGUCUGGUGUUCCUACAAGUGUCGACGAAGUAACUACAGGAAAGUCUUACAUUUUUGCAAUUGACAAAAGUAUUGAUGGGGGGGAAAAAGAGACAAUUAUCUGGUGGUGCGACUUUAAUUGCACUUAUAGAGUUUUUGACUGUCAGUUUCUGGGGGAAUUAUUACUUUUACUAUAACGGCGCUAUACACUGUAUGACUUGACUAAACAGACUGGAGGGGAGAACCGAGGAGCCUGAGAUCAAAGUACGUAGGAACCCUGAGUAAGUCUCUGUUGUGUUCUCUUCAUUUUCUUCUGACCCUUUAAUUCCUCACUGUGAUUGAAAGUGUCGAGCUUUUUGUUAUGGAGAUACAAAAGAUCAUACACCAUAACAGUAUGGCUUCUGCAAACGUCCCUUUGCAGUUCAUUUUGUUCUUGUAGUUUAUUAUUUGGUGGUGUUUUUUUUUCUUUUCUCCAUUAUAGAGGUUAAAGCAACUUCCUUUCGGCCAUUUCCACCAAAUCAACAAGCUCACAUCCGAGCAGUAAAUUAUCACAUGGUUAUUGUAGAGAAACAGGAAUACGUCGGGAAAUACAGAUUUUGACAAUACUGUCGUCUUCUAUUCUGUUCUCUGAAUAUGUGAGCAGAUAGAAAAGACAACGGCAGAGAAGCUGAGAUGUUCGGUUUAUGUUCUCACUUAAGACAAAAGGACAAAAAUGUCCCAAACUUGACUGACAUGAUCACCCUGUAGGUGGUUAUUACCUGUCGAAUGUGCCUCUUAUGUAUUAACGUACAUGUGUGUAAAAUGAACAGACUAUGCUCCUCCAUGUUGCUGUUUUACUUUUGCCUCUGUCUUGCUUUUUGUCGUUGCAUCACUUCUGCCCUGUUCGGUUUGUUUUCUAAGAAUGGCAGACUGUUCAACACUGAGUGUCAGUCUCAAAAAUGAGGUGGAUGUUAAAUCCAUUUGUUUUUGUAUUUCCAGUUUGCAUGUCCUUAAUCAUCAGAUUGCGUGCAUUCUGUUUUGUUUUUGUCUCCGAUCAUUAAACAAAUGUUGUUAGGAACUUG